AUGAAGUAUAUCUUCUGGCUCGCCCCUUUCCUAGCUCUGGCUAUGGCCGCCUGUGAUGAGUUCCCUUGCUGUCAUCGUCCGGGAGACUUGUGCAGAAUCGGUAGUGGAACUCCCGGUGAUGGUAAAUGCUGCCAUGGCAAGACAUGCGUGAAGAAAUCCGGAAGUGAGAACUGGUACUGCCGGUAA